UUGUUCAAGUUCACCAGUUGGCCUACCGCCAUGGACACGUGGCAGCAAUCGUCAGGAAGCCCGCGACGUAAACAUGCCUAUUUGCACGGGUGAUCUUGGCCAGAUCUUGACCCAUUAAUACGAGAACCGAUGUCAGAGCAGUGUCGCUUUAUGUAUUUUUAGCUAACAGGCAAGAGCGGGGUUCGAGUCUCGAGACCGCGGUGCGCGCUGGCCGGCCUCAGAGUAUUCGGCGUCCGCGUGGCAAUACCAUGACUGCUGGAAAAUGACAACACGAGGAAUAAGGCGGAAAAAGUCGUCGCUUUCCGAAGUCAAAGUUGCCGUUAUUGGAGCACCAUCUGUUGGAAAAAGUGCACUUACUGUACGAUUCUUAACAAAGAGAUAUAUUGGAGAAUACGACCACCAACAAGAAAGCAAAUACAAACACGAAGCCCUGUUGGACGGUGAAGCGAUUUUGUUUGAAAUACUCGACACGUGUCCUAAGAACACUGAUGAACUACCGGGCAAUGAUAUAGCGCAGUGGGCAGAUGGUCUAUUUCUCGUGUAUUCAAUAACUGACAGGGAAUCAUUUAAUUAUGUACGAAAAGCAAAACAGCGGCUGCAGCCGGACGUACCGCUGACUUUGGUCGGAAAUAAAGCCGAUAUGGUGCAUUUAAGACAGGUAAGCCCGGAAGAGGGCGAAAUUCUGGCGAAAGAUUUCGAGUGUAGUUUCGCCGAAGUUGCAGCCGCGGAACAAGUGAAUCAAGUUGGUGAAGUUUUCCACGAACUGUGUCGAGAAGUACUUACGCAUCGUCGGAGAGCGAAGCAUAGCCUGCUGGAUCGGAUGUUGGGCUCUAAAACUGCAUACAGAGUAUACUCUCGAGGGAAAAGCGACAGUGCCUUGCCAAAAGACUAGUAUAAUGCACUAAACUAGUGUAAUUUAGUGAAUACUAGCUAAAUUUAAAGAAACGCUACACGGAGUGUCCUUAAAUGUGAGGCACCAUUAAUUUUUAAAACAGAAUCAAAUGAUUUUCAUGUUCUUUCAGAUUUUAAUAGUUUUUAUACUGAUGUUUCACAAUACAAAAGUAGAUGUUUGCACAGGUAUAGUGGUUACAUCAGAGGAUCAUUGUAGACCAAUUUUGAAUAAAGAACAUAAGCGUCUUAUUCAUAGCCUACCUAUUAAAUUGUCCCUGUCUUUUAGACAUAAAUCAUACUUUAAACAAAGGCUUGUAUUACGCAAGAACAAGGCGGAAUAACUACUACAGAAGCCAAAUGCAAUGGUGACGGGACCUACAAUAAUUUUAUUUAGAAGAUUCUUCUUAUGUAUGUAUCAUAGUUAUGAAUAUAAUUAUGUAUAUCACUGUAACGUCAACAAGUCCGGCUUCUUGCAUUUGUUUGAUUUUUUAGAUAGCCGUGUCCACACCCUUGCAAUAAAGGGUGAGGUCGCGACGGCUUUUAGUAAUAUUAUGAUAAAAUAUCCUAAUAUAUACUUAGUAUACGUUAUUCCGGACUCAAAUUCAUUUAUUUAUCUUCAUACUUUUAGCUUUAAAAUCGUAAAUUUAGAAUAAAUACACCUGUAACAAUAGAUCAUACCUAAACCUCACAAAAUGUUAGAUGAGGAUGUAAUUUUUUUAUUGUAAGCGAUUUUUCAUAAACCGCUAAACUUUUUGUGAUAGAUUUCGUAUUGCAAAAAAAAUCCAAAUUUUUUAUUUGUAAAGAGUUAGUUACAAUUGAGUUAUUAUAUGUUUUUAUUAAUAGUGAGCUUUGUGAUGCGUCUAUUCAAACAAAUACGUAAUUGUUUAUAGUAAAAUUGUAAUAUGUUGUAAGUACUGGAUCACUUAAAUAGAACUACUUAAACAUUAUGUCAAUAAUUCAGGCAUAAAGAAAACUAUUCCAAAGUUUAUCGAAAUAACUUUAAGACAUUAAUUGAAGUGUUUUUUUAUAAAAACAUAUACAGUCUCAUUUUAUAAGAGAUAAAUAAUAUUGAUAUAAUAUAGUGAACUGAGUUUUUAGAUUAAAAUCACCCAGCAAGAGAGUAUUACUGACGUAGAAUCUUUGUUAGAAUAGUUUCUACUGUAUAAUAAAAAGAAAACAGAUACAUUGAAUUUAUGUGUGUGUGAUGAUGUAAAAUCUUUAUUGUAAUAUUAUAGUGUUUAGUUCUUAAUAAACAAUCUAUUGAAAUAA